GGUAUGGAGUGUCCCAGGAGUGUUCCGCUAGUGGCAUUGUAUUGUUUUCACAGCCAGUUUCAAUCUCUGGUUUCUACCCCUUGCCCUGCUGGCAGGGCAUUGAGCGGCACCCGUUGCCGGCCAGCUGGGUGCAGGAGAUCGAGGAGGGUGAAUGGAGGAGCAACCCUGAGCAUCUGCCAUCCAGCUCCAUCCGAUCUAGAGCAAGAUGGAGCGAAUAAGGCGGAUGCUCAGGAGGAAGGCCGGGCAGGUGGCUCCAGAGCCAGCAGAAAACAUCAGCCAGCCUUCCCAGGAGGAGAGCGGCCCCUCUGUCCCCACGGGCGGGGAAGAGGCUUGUGGCCGGAGUAAGGAGAGGAGCUGCGUCGCCUGCUGGAGGAGGCGGAAGACAGCAGCUCCCCUAGCUGACCCUGAGGCACCUUCUGGGCUGAAAUGGAGGUGGCCCCGGGUUCAGCUGUGGAGGAGAGAGCCAGGAGAGGGCAGGAGCCGGAGAAGGCAGCUCUGGGGCUUCCUUUGCAGAAAGCCAAGGAGCCAGGAGCUGCGCCCCAGGGCCCAUCAGGAGCCGUCCACCACCAUGGCAACUGAGGGGCCCUGCUCCAGCCCCACCCUGGCCCCAGAGGAGCCUCCCGCCAGCCCCGCCCUGGCCCCAGAGGAGCCUCCUGCCAGCCCCACCCUGGCCAUAGAGGAGCCUCCAGCCCCAGCUUGGCGACUGAGGAGCCUCCCGCCAUCCCCACCCUGGCGACUGAGAAGCCUCCUGCCAGCCCCACCCUGGCCAUGAAGGAGCCUCCUGCCAGCCCAGAGCAGGAGUUGAGCGACUGCGUGACAAACACCAGCAGCUCCGCAUACUCCUGCGGGGCCAGCAGCUCCUCCGUGGGGUCUGGCAGCCCUGUCUUUGAAGGCUCCCUCUUUGGAGACACCCCCAGUUCCCAGGUGUCGUGGCCUGAGGAGGAGGAAGAGGAGGAGUGUGAGGAGGAGGAGGAGGAGCAGGAUUUGUGCCCUGAGGAAGAUACCAUCUUGGUGAUCCAGCAGCACCUCCAGGGCAGAGCUGAGGCUCUGCACAACCGCUAUUCGCAAAGCCUGGACACCAUCCUCAGGGACCGGCUAAUAGAGACCCCCACCAUGGAGAAGCUGCAGCACCUCCUGGAGCACGUCCAUCCCUCUCUCCUGUCAAACAACACCCAGGAGAGAUCCAGGGUCGUACAGACCCGCGCGGCCCUGCUCCAGUUUGCCACCUCCCUGCCUGGAUUUGACACCUCCUCCACCUUCUCCAAGGCAGGUGAAUUCAUGCUGCAGCUGGGUCUCUGUGUAUCCCACCCAGCCAGUGACAUCAGUUGGCAAGCCAGGGGUGGGAUCUAUUGUCUGCACAGGCUCCUGCUCCAGAAGAGGGGGCUCAACACCAGAGAGGCACCAGACCUGUGGUGCCGGGACGGGCUCCAUGACCCCGAGCGCCUGGGGUAUAGAAACCUGGCCAGGGUGGGAGAGGUCUUUGGUGAGCUCUUCACGGAGGAGCAGAAAAGAUCUUUCCUCCAGGCGGGGCUGCUGGCCAUCCACCACCACCUCCUCCACAUCAGCCAGGCUGGCCUGGUGCUGACCUAUUCCAUCUUGGGGGAAGCCGGCCAGCUGCUAGAGGACAAGGGGGACAUUACAGCCAACCUCAUGGUCCAACUAUUUAAUAUCAGGGUCUUGGGCCAGGUGCCCGAAGCCCUGCAGUGGCUGUGCUCCGUGGGGCAGCAUUGAAGACCCCCCCUCUUUGCAUGACCAGCUCCCACCCCCUGCCGCAGCCUCGCUCCAGGCCCUCCAUCCACCCGCUCCAUCACUGCCUCCUCCUCCUCCUCCUGAUCUUCCCCAACCCCUCCGAUUUCGACUACAUGGCUUCGACCUUUGCGUGGAUAUGGACUUUGGCUCGUACUUCUGACCACCCGGCUUCGACCUCUGGCCUGGACAUGGACACUGGCUCCGGUUCUGCCUGGACAUACUCAGCACCCGGCAGCAGUAGACAGGCCCCACCAUUAAUCAAACCCUAACCCCGCCCCAUGACACCUUAGUCCCUCCCACCUGUCACCGGAAGUCCCGCCCCAUGCAGGUAUUACUUCGUGGUCAAGGCGGCCACAUGACUGGAAGCCAGGUGU